GAUUAUUUAGAAUUCGAAGUCUUUCUUUUUAAAAAGCAUAGAAGUGGAAUCCGACCACCGACCGUUUUCCUUUUCUAUUGCGUUUGUCGCCAUGAUCAUUCUUGGCACGGACGACAAAACACUUAAGUUGGUUUGGGCCAAAUUUGACUUGACACCUCCUUGACAAUUAAGUAAAGCUAAUACUGGUCAAAACCAACUGAAUCAGCAAGUGCAUAAUUGUACUUCCCUCAUGGUCAAGCGCCCGAAAAAAAUAAAAAAAAUAAACAUGAGAAUAGACAAAACAAAAUGGGAGAAGAAAUGAGAAAAGAGGGAAAGAAAAAGGAAAGGGACAAAAAAGAGUAUAUGACAGGGAAUACCUCGAAUCAUUAGUCCCCCACUAAAUACGGUGAGAAGUGCACCGAUUUUAUUUCUCCCCCUCACACACGACGUAAAACACAUUAGCUCCCCACCCACAUGCAAACAGCAACGACGGUCUCCUCGACCACCAACACUCCACCACAGAGACCAGCAAAGCUAACCGCCCAUAGAAGUGUCCCCCCUGCACUAGGACUUUCUCCAACCCUGACGAUCUUUUUUUCUCUGUUUUUUUCUUCUUCCUCCUCUCUCUGCAAGUCCGUCACCACCUGGGUAUCAGUAUACAUAUACGCACUACAAAAGGACCAAACCUGCGUCUUGCACGCACCGGACCUGACCGUAACCUCUCGAUAGAUCCUUGCCAAAUUUCUGUAGCAAGCUCACCUCGACAAAAGUCCCGAUCGAUACGAUACGCUACCCUACACCCCCACCCUCCGAAGCGAGUAGCCCGCUGCAAAACCAUGGCUAAUCAACACCACCCGUCCCUCAAGACGCCGUUCGGCACGCGGGCCCAGUCGGCCGGCCAUCCCCUGUCGUCGUAUCUGCUACGGCUCAUGGAGCUCAAGCAGUCGAACCUAUGCCUCAGCGCCGACGUGACGACCGCCCGCGAGCUCCUAUACCUGGCCGAGAAGGCCGGCCCGUCAAUCGUCGUGCUCAAGACUCACUAUGACCUCAUCUCGGGGUGGGACUAUAGCCCCAAGACGGGGACGGGUGCCAAGCUCGCGGCGCUGGCGCGGCGGUUCGGCUUCCUGAUCUUUGAGGACCGCAAGUUCGCCGACAUCGGCAAGACGGUCCAGAUGCAGUACACCGCCGGCACCGCACGCAUCAUCGAGUGGGCCCACAUCACAAACAUCAACAUUCACGCUGGCAAGGACAGCGUGCGCGCCCUGGCCGAGGCCGCCGCCAAGUGGCGGGAGCGCAUCAAGUACGAGGUCAGGACCUCGGUCUCGGUCGGCACCCCGCUGUCGGACAGCUUUGAGGACGAUGAGGAGGGCAAUGGCGCCGGUGUCGGCGGCAGCAGCAGUAUGGCGAGCCCGCCCAUUGCCGGGAGCAGCAAUAGCGGUGGUGGGCCGCCUCCGUCCGUGUACGGGCGCGACGCCGACGGGCGCAAGGGCAGCAUCGUGUCGAUUACCACGGUGACGCAGUCUUUUGAGCCGGCAGACUCACCACGGCUCUCCAAGAGCAUGUCGGGCGAGGGGGUCGACGACCUCGUCUUCCCGGGCAUCGAGGAGGCCCCGCUGGAGCGCGGCCUGCUGAUCCUGGCCCAGAUGUCGAGCAAGGGGUGCCUGAUGACGCCCGACUACACGGCGGCGUGCGUCGAGGCCGCGCGGGAGAACAGGCGGUUUGUCAUGGGGUUCGUGGCCCAGGAGGGCCUCAACAGCGAAGCCGACGAUGACUUCCUCACCAUGACGCCCGGCUGCAAGCUGCCACCGCAGGGCGAGGAGGAGAACGGCCCGCUGGAGGGCGACGGGCUGGGCCAGCAGUACAACACGCCCGCGAAGCUGAUCGGCCUUGGCACUGAUAUCGUUAUCGUGGGCAGGGGUAUCAUCAAGGCCGACGACCCCCAAUCAGAGGCCGAGAGGUAUAGACGCAAGGCAUGGUCCGCAUAUCAAGAACGUGUGCGUCAGUGAGGUCGGGGUUGGCUUUUUUUUUUAUCUCUUUGCAGGAAUCAAGAAGAUUCAAGUAUGGGCAGGAUUCCAAAAAUGGGGUCUUUACUUCGGAGGAGGUGGGGGUCGGCCUAUUGUGGGCAGAUGUAAAGACGAGCAAGGCCGCGAAACGAACUGUUUGGGAUCAUGUCACUUAUAGAACCAAACAGGGAGUCGAAGGGGGAUUCGUUUUUCUUUCUUUUUGAGCAAAAUUGGUUGUUUGGUGAGAAAAGCAUACCUACAUAAUUCACGGCGUUGGGCGUUUAGUCUGUACGCAGUGGAAAAAAUGAUUUAUUUGAAAACUUCGAAAUUGCCAUUUCUCUACAUCUGAACCGAAAGGUUAUCAGUGCAUACCAUACUGUUUUUUUCUUCUUACUUUUUACCUUUACACUGCUUG